CAAAAGCCUUCCUCAAUUUUGAUACCCUCAUCUGGAUUUCCCAUCAUUCUUCACAAUUGCAUUGCAUUCCUCUUGCUGCAAUCAAGGUUGUACUUUUAAUACCGUUCAAUUAAUUCGCUUCUUCCAUCAUGGCUGCUCGUGGCAUCAUGGCCUUGGUGUCCUUGGUCCUCCUCGGUGCUUCGAUCAUGUUCAUGUUCUUCGUCAUCUUAGGUGGCAUCACAGGCACAACUCCUUUGGACAAAACCCAAUUUCUCACAGCCGACACUUCAAGCAUUGCCGGCGCGAGACCAGUGUCACAAUGGAAUUUCUUCAGAGUCUGUGGAGCCGGAAACACCGAUUGUGGUAAAUCCGUACCAGCUCUUCCCUUCGGUUAUGCCUGGAUUGGAGGUGGUUCUGGUGCUCCAUCCAGUCUCCUUGGCUCGCAUGCAAAAUCCACCACUAGCUUCUCGUACUUCUACAUGUGGAGAUUUGGAUGGGUGUUUUAUCUCAUGGGACUCUUGUUCGCAGUCUUCGCGUUCUUUGUUUCGCUCUUGGCAGCGACCGGAAGAACAGCAUCCUUUUCCGGAUCUGUUUUGUCAAUGGUAUCUCUCUUUUGGUUCUCCCUUGGAGCUUCGUUAAUGACUGCCGAAUUCGUGAAAGCCCGCAACCAGUUCCGUCGCUUAGAUAUGAACGCGAGUCUAGGCCGCUAUGCAUUCGGUUUCACUUGGGCAGCAUGGGCAUGCUUAGCAAUCUCUGCUCUUCUCCUUUGCAUUGGAGGAACCGUAGGUGGAAGUCGCCGACAGCGCCGCCGAGAUAGCCAGCCAUCCGCUGUUCGCGAUGCUCCAAUUGAAGCAGCAGGGACUACUGGUGGCGGCGGUAUGUUUUCAUUCUACCGCAACCAACGCGAGAGACGCGCUACUCGUGGAGACGAUAGCUCCUUCACCAGAAACGAAAGUCAGCGUCGGCACGACGUCGACCGAAUUGGAUUACAAGAUUGCGACCGGAAUGGCUACGAUUGA